GGUAGGUACUUAAAUUUAAAUCAUUGAAUGUUUUGAAAAAUAAAACAAGUAAAACUUACAUAUCUAAAAGUAUAUUUAACCUCUGAACCUGAUCUCUUAUUGUGGAUACUUUACGGAGUGACAGCAUAAUUUUGAAAAUCUCCUGCCUGUUGUGAUGUUACAUGUUCAUUAUUAAACAUACCGUAAAUGUUUUCUCACGAUACUGGCUGUAUUUUCUAACAUAAUUAUUGAUGAGUCUAACCGAAGAUGUCCGACUACGAUAUGCAGUUUCAAGAAGACUUAGAGAAGGCUCAAGCACUCAGCUUAGAAAGUCUGGCGUUGGAACAAUUUCGUAGGCAGAAACUGCUAAGUGCAGCAGGUACAGAUAGUGUCUGUGAAUCCGGCAACUCCAGUUCAUGUCGUAGAGAGAGCUUCGAAACACCGCCUGCACUACCACCACCGCCUAAGAAGCCUCCCAGACGAAUCUCCAGCACUGAAUAUUCAAGGUCUACAGGCACAAGCCCCACGAGAGAAGAGACCAGUGAUUUGAUAUCAUUCGCCAGUCCCACCAGUAAGAGUGAAUCAAAGGAUUCCCAUGCUACCCUCAAAGAGUAUAUCGACCAGAUCGCUAAGCUGGGCCAGCAGACUGAAGAAAUCACGUUAAACGCAACCGAAAACCCAAGCACAAUGAACAACCAGUACAACCAAAGACCGGGCGCUCCGUUCUACCCUCCGUAUUACAAUUACCCGCCCCCUUUCCCGCACCCGCCCCCAUACCCUCCUCCGACACCUUACGGCAUGCCUGCCCCAGUCAACUAUUCCUACUACCCCGUUCCCGGCACCCCAGAGCAACCACCUGCCUACAGACCGAACUCAAUGUAUCCAGCCGUACCUUAUUCUCAAACAAGGAUGGCAAUUCCGACCCCGUAUAUUCCUUAUCAGCCCCCCCGGUACAACUAUAAUACCACAAACAUGAUAACGAGACCGCCCCGGCCGGCGAGCCUGUAUCCACAGCUGAGUCAGAUGCACACAUACCCGACACAAAAUGUCGCACAAAAAGUCAAUAAUAAUGUUAAUAAUAAUAAUAAUACUAGUGUUAACGCAAAAGUUGAGCCGAACGUUGAAAAUGUCGAGGUCAAGAUGAGGAAAUCAUCAGAGUCCAACGAAGCGGCGGAUACUAUAGGGAGUUUGCCGAAGACCAGCAACCUCAUUGACUUUGGCCGCAAGCCCAGCGGACAAGGUAGCGUAAGAGUCAGUGUGUUGGAAGCAUUCGAUCCGCUUUUGACUGACAAAAAUCAUUCGGAGUACGCGAUAGGCAGUGAAAGUUCUAGCGUGUAUGAAGAAUACGAUCCGUUGGAUUUUCUGUACGGAGAGACAGAAUUGCGAGAGACACCCGUUUAUGCCAGUAUCACGCCCAAACGAGACGCAGUCCUGCCGUCUCCACCGCCGAAGUCCGUACAAUGUGUUGCCCCCACAAAGAGACCUACCACGAAUAAACUCUACGAUUGUAUAGUGAAAGUACAUACCAGAAACUACGACAGUGAACAUAAGGCUUUCUUGAAGAUGGUGCUUGAUGUUAGAAAAAGGUUCGUGUAUAGCGACGAGGUGAGCAACCGCGGACACGUGGUCGCGGCACGCUCUGGUGGCAAGUACCCUCCCAAUACCAGCAUCAAGAUAUUGGUGCACAAUUCGCACACCGACGAACCCAUCACGUUCACCUCAGAUGUUGAGUCAACCGUAGAACAUGUUAUACUGACAGUGGUGUGUUCUCUCGACGAGGAUAUAAGAGAAGAUAUGUCUGAAUAUAUGCUAAGGGUAUGGGGAGCCAAAGAAUAUUUAACGCCUGGCAGCUCGUUAAGCGAAUACGACUACAUAAGAGAAUGUGUUCGAUUAGAAAAAGAUGUAAGAUUGUCUCUGAGCGAGAGGAAAGAUACGUCGCUCGCGAGGAGUGAACGAGACGACGCUCGAGAUUCGCAUCUCACAUUAGACGACCUGUUGCCAUCUCAUGGAGUAACACAAUCGCUGACGUUUGAUAAUCUUUCGAUAUUGCUAGAGACGCUUGAGGGCGAGUUGUCUCGCGCCGUAGGUAUAGUCGGCGCGGAAGGCAGCUGUUCGUCUUCGGGCGUGUUCCAGGCGGUGAAGGCGAUCUGCGCACUCGCUCGCGUCGAGACACUGCAUAUCACUCACACGCUCAAUGCGUUCGCACAGGCCUGCGUGGCCCAGGUGACAGGUGCUAUUCGGCCCGAGAUCCAAUCAGAGUCGGGCCCGUACUGUGCGGUGUCGGUGCGGGCGGCCAACGUGCGAGAAGCGCUGGUGCAGCAGUGCGGCCGCGUGCGAGACGCUGUACGCGGCCUUCUCUCGCUCUACACCAGGACAAAACUCUUGGACUUCCGACUUCCGGACUCACCCGCUGUUGUCUAUGAUAUGGACAAAGCGAUCCCAGCCAACACGGUGUCAGAGACGCUGCUGUUCUGCAUCGAGGCAGUGCACAGCCUGCCGCUGUGUUGGACGCACGAGGAGUACCUGUGUCACGUGCAGGUGUACCACGGCACCAGACCUCUCAACACGCUGCAUCUCACCAACGUGUCCGCUGUCGACGGCUCGGGCUUCUAUCCCAGGAUCAUAUUUGAUACUUGGUUGAAUCUUGAAGACGUGCCAAUAUACAGUUUACCUCGCGAGUCACGUCUUGUGGUCACGCUGUACGGAAGGUCCCAACGAACAGACAUACACAACGAGCACGACAACGCACAACAAGAGAACGACGGACGGACAGACGGCGACGUUCAGUACGUGCAGGUGGAGCUCGGUUGGACGGCAAUACAAUUGUUCGAUUAUGAUGGGAUGUUAGCAUCAGGGAGCUACCUGGUGUCCCUGUGGCCCGCUAGCUGCGACCGUCGCGUGGGCCCCGCGCCUAGCUCCCUACACGCACCCGUUGAACCCUAUCCGCUGCUCAACAUAGAAAUACCGUCGUACUCCCGCUUGGGUGUGAAGUGGGUGGAACCUGAAGAAAAGUCCCUCACUCGGGCACACCUGCCCUCUUUCGACUCCCUGGACGGGCACACGCAGUCACAGCUACUGCACCUCAUUGAGCAAGGCGCUUACCAGAGGAUGCCCACAGAGUGUCGAGAGAUAAUGUGGGAGAAACGUCAGUACCUAGUGGAGCUGCCGGGCGCUCUGCCCCUAGUACUGCUGGCUGCUACCAACUGGUACGGCGAGCACCGCGCUCAGCUCGUGGCGUUGCUACGACUGUGGGAGAAGCCGUCGCCCUUGAACGCUAUGCAUCUUCUGCUUCCCUGUUUCCCGGAUCUGGCCGUGCGGAAGGUCGCCGCGGAGCUGAUGAACGGCAUGUCAGAUGACGACCUUAUCCGUGUGCUGCCGCAGUUGGCUCAGGCGCUGCGUUACGAGACGUACGAGUGCAGCGCGUUGGCUGAGGUGCUAUUGUCCCGAGCGCUAUCUUCACCAGCAGUCGCCCACAAGCUGUUCUGGCUUUUAGUGCACUGUCUGCCAAAUUCAGCGCAGGCGGGGGGCGACGACUUCCUCGGUAUCACUAUUGAGGAGAGCGGAGAGGAGGCGGAAGCGGACGAUGUAGCGGGUGUGGGAGCGGGAGCGUGGCGCUAUCGACUCGUGCUGCGAGCCUUGUUCGCCGUGUGCGGACAGUCGCUGGCCGACACGCUGCGCAGGCAACAGACGCUGGUCAAGAAUGUAGCAGAGAUGGCCAUGUCUGUCAAAUGUGCAAAAGAAAAUCUCCGGCAGAGGGCGCUGUACAUGGGCGGAGAGAAGCUAGCUGCGUUCUUAAGGCAGGAGCCGUCUGCUUUGCCAUUCGCGCUACACCGAUACGUGCACGACAUUGAUAUAAAAUCAUGUUCCUACUUCUCAUCGAACACGUUACCGUUGAAGCUGAACUUUAUUGGCGUCGACAACGCGGUAGUGCCUGCCAUGUUCAAGGUGGGUGAUGAUUUGCGACAGGAUGCGCUGGUGCUCCAAGUAAUCAAAGUGAUGGACAGUCUGUGGCUGAAGGCGGGGCUGGAUCUGCGCAUUGUUACCUUCCAAGCGCUGCCGACCAGCAACAAGAGAGGAAUGAUUGAGAUAGUGUCCGAGGCGGAGACACUCCGCGCGAUCCAGACGGAGUGGGGACUCACCGGGUCGUUCAAGGACAAGCCGAUAGCGGAGUGGCUCGCGAAGCACAACCCCUCCGAGCUAGAGUACCAGCGCGCCAGGGAUAACUUCACAGCGUCGUGUGCCGGGUACAGUGUGGCGACGUACCUGCUCGGCAUCUGCGACCGACACAACGACAACAUCAUGCUGAAGACCUCGGGCCACCUGUUCCACAUCGACUUCGGGAAGUUCCUCGGAGACGCGCAGAUGUUCGGCAACUUUAAACGCGAUCGUGCGCCAUUCGUCCUAACCCACGAUAUGGCUUACGUAAUAAACGGCGGAGAGCGUCCCACUCAAAGGUUCCAACACUUCGUGGAGCUGUGCUGCAUGGCGUUCAACAUCGUGCGAGCUCACCACGAUCAUAUACUGGAUCUGUUUGCACUCAUGUCAAUGUCAGGCGUGUCGGGAGUGACAAGUGCGGCCGUCAACUACGUACGCAGCGCUCUGUUGCCCGCGGCCACCAACGCAGAGGCGGCAGCCGCGUUCGCUCGCCUCAUACACUCGUCGCUUAAGAGCAAGUUCACUCCGAUCAACUUCUUCCUGCACAACCUGGCGCAGCUGAGGGCCAGCGGAGACCAAGGGAGCAACUCUUCAGAACUGCUCUCCUUUAUGCCGCGAACUUACACCAUGUGUCAAGAGGGGAGGAUCGUGCGCGUGGAGUGCCUCAGCUACGAGAAGCGCUACGACCCGGAGAAGCACUACGUGUACGCCGUACGUGUGUUCCGGCUGGGCCAGGCUACGCCCGCUGUACUCUACCGCUCAUACAAACACUUCACGGAGCUCUACCAGAAGAUAUGCCUGCACUUCCCGCUCGCUAAAGUGCACUCACUACCCUCAGGUUUGCACGUGGGCAGAUCUAAUACGCACCAAGUGGCUGAGCGGCGGUUUGGCGACGUGCAGGCGUUCCUCACGUCACUGUUCAGUCUCGCGGACGAGAUAGCGCACUCCGACCUCGUCUACACCUUCUUCCACCCGCUACUGCGUGACCAGCAGGAUGUAGAGCCGCAGAGGACCAGGCGAGGAGAGAACACAGAGGUUGAAAAUAGCGGGUCCGGGUCUCUGAAGCUGUCCAUCCAGUACGCGGGCGGGGUGCUGUCAGUGUUGAUACUCCACGCCCAGUCGCUGGCAGCCACGCCCCAGGGGGCGCCUCCCAACCCCUACGUCAAGGUAUACUUAGUACCAGACCCAAGCAAGGAAACUAAACGCAAAACCCGCGUGCUCAAACGUAACUCGCACCCCUCGUUUAUGGAGAUGUUGGAAUACCGGCUGCCAAUGGAGGUGGUGACAGCGCGGAGUCUUCAGGCCACGGUCUGGCACUACGACUCGUUGCAGGAGAACCAGUUCCUCGGCGGCGUGGUGAUACCCCUUGCCUCCUUGCCCUUGCGACAGGAGACAGUCGCGUGGUAUCCCCUGGAGUACAUACCCCGGUAGCUAAUAAUGGCCCGCUCCGCUAUUUGGAGCACUGGCUACUUGUGAUAGAGACGGUUUUUGAAUGAAUUGUGGAGUGGCCAAGUGUAGUGUAUAUUUAGGUCAACAUAUAUGAAUUACUGCUUCAUUUGUAUUUUCGUCAUUGAAUAAGCUUGGGUUGUUGUUUGCAUCAAAACUCUUCAGCGUACUGUUAUAAUAGUACGGGAUGAAAAUCCGAUACUUUACGGAGAACAGUGUUCUAACAAGAUAUCAUGACUCUUGUAUUGAUGGCAUUGAACAAUUCGAAUGACCAAUUCAUUUAUAUGAUGAAUAGCGCCGAUUUAUUCAUAAUUUCUUCCCGGAAAUGUAUGAUGUCUGUUUUAAAACUGCCAAAAUACGAUUCUAUUUUGAAAGACUCGCUGCUACGCAAAUACUAGAUAAUUCCCUCAUUGCGUACUUUCUCGCUGACUUAAUCAGACUAGUUUAGAUGACAUAUUUUUAUAGAAUAUAGAUGGAUAACAUAUAAUCUUUACACAUCAGAUGGAAUAAUUUAAAAUGCAACUGUAAUUGAUGCAUAAGUUCCACGAUCGGCAAGUGCCCCCGCGUCACGGAGUGCCAUAGAUCGGCGCCAUUUUGGCGCAUUUAUUGUACGUGCAUUAAUACAUUUCUUAUAAUUAGGAUGCGAAUGUAUAAGAAAACUAUUAAAACAAGCUAUAAGACCAUGCAAAAUAAACUAUCUUAUAAACAAAAUGAGAGUCAGAACUUGGUCAGGGCGUAGUGUGCCAAACGGCACUUCCGAUUUUGGUGUAAAUGAAAAAUCAAGUGCCACUCAUGGUCGAUUUUGACAACAGAAUUCUAGUUGAAUUAUUAUGAUCCAAGGCCUUGUAUUAUGAAAAAAGAUUUCCCAAUGGGUCUUGUCCCUACGAAGCAAUGCUUUUCGUCUCAAUGCAGCAAGUGUUUAGUAGUGGCUGUAUUUGUUUGCCGCUUAAGCUGAAAUAUUCGUUCCAAGCAGCAUACUUAUAAAACACUGAUGCGUUUAUUUACACAUUUAAGGCGUGCCUUAUCCAGAUGUGUAGGAGUGGCUAAGAAAUGUCCAGUCAAUUCUUUCAACCAAUGAAUUUAAAAAAAAAGCAACGGAUAUGAUAUUAAGGCGCGUGAUUUAAAAGCAUCCUAAUUGUGACAGAUUUUGACAGUAGCGUUUAUUUUUCUUAAGCUACAUGAGUGAUUUAAAGUUUUCAAACCUGAGUUUAUCAUCAAAGUGCAACAAUGCAAGUGAAUCUGUGAUUUACUUUACCAUCAUACUUCAUUUACAGUUUCUUUUAAAAUUGUAUUGUAAUACCCUUUGUAUAUCUCGAUAUCGUUAACAUAUCCAAAAAUUUGUAUUAGUUAUUUAUAUGAGAACAAUUUUCAACAGAUCUUGAAUUGUCCUCAGUAUACCCGAACCAUAAAACUUAAAAUUAUUUAUGUUAAAAGCAAAAAUCUCACUUGAAAGACUUCCAGUCACGAGCGCAUAUCUAAGACCUCAAGUGUUUCAUGUUCUUCGGAGCAGGAGAACCACUUUUUAACCCGUAUGCUAAAACAUCAACCAACAAAAGACUUACUAACUCAACUUAACCCUGUAGUAGGCAUAACAAGUUUUUUUGUUCUUGAUUAUCACAGUUUCUAGAAAAUUGUCGAUAUGUACAUACAUCACAUAAUAGAGAAUAUAUUGAAAGGCAACAGUAACUAAUAUGCCAAAUUGUUUAUAUUUUUCUCUUAAUGAUUCUUCAUCAUCGAACCUUAAGAACCCAGAAUUUGAUCAUAAAUAUGAGGAAUAUAUUUUUUUUAUUGUAGGGAAUGCUACCGACGGCGGCUAGUGGGAAACGCAUGAUGACUAACUAAUGAUUUAUUAAUACAAUUGUGAAUUGUAGGAAAUUUGAUAUUUUCAUGGGAUUAUAUUUUUUGAUACAGAUUUUUUUCAUAAAUUUGUUUAAGUAAAGAUAUCACUGAUAAACCAGUUAUUUUUGAUAAUUUUGAAAUAGCGCUUUAAAUGAUUACAAUGUGCCUGUGAUAAAUUAGCAACUCGUCUUCUGCAGUAUCUUUAAUUGUUGUAUUUGCAAUGUUCCUAGCUACUAUAGCUAUAUUUAUGAAAUAAAUACAUAUCAAUCAAAUCGAUUGAAUUCUAAAACAUUUUGUAUUUCUAGUAUAAUGUCGGACAUAACUUACCUAUUGGCCUUAGGGGCCUUCCAUAAAAUAUGUCACACGUUAAGGGGAGGGAGGGGCUCGUCAAAGUGUGACAUUGUGUGACAAGGAGCGGGGAAAGGCGACAUAUUUUGUGACGUCACAUUAAAAAAAAAUCGUAACACUGCUGUUAUAAUUUGCUCAAUACCUGAUAUUGAGACCUUGUUAUUGAUUUCUGCGCACAUUCAAUGUUACCCCUAAUAUUCUCUUUAUCAUAUAAUAAUUGAGCGCCUUAAAUGUGGUACUUACAGUUUAUAUGACGCAUCUCGUAUCGUUCCAGAACACCGCUAAUCCUUCAAUAGUUUCUUUGGACGUUGGACGCCAGGUCUACUUGCUUCAAUAAAUUAGUUAUGAGUCUACACUUAAGAUGUAGAUUAAUAACAUAUUGGCCUAGAAAUUGUUAUAAAAUAUACUAUUUUUUUUAAACAUUCCAAACGUGUAUACUGAUUAAAAUAGUUUAAAGCGUUUUGUGGUUAAUAUUAAAACCCAUUUUUUCUAUUUUGAAAAUGCAAUUCAGCUAGCGAAUGGCGCCUACUAUAAGUUUAAAAUGAUUGAUCAAUACAAUCACAAAAUAUAUUUUAUGAAACCAAAUUGUAUAUGUUAUAAUGCAAAUAGUCAAUAUUUUCAAUACCGUCUAUUAAUUUUGACCAUGCAUGCAAAAUGAUCAAACUAUGAUUCCUACAUAGUUAAAUACAAUUCAAUUAUAAUGUAUAACAUAGUAUUAUAAAGUCUGACCGCUGAAUGUUGAUAAAAAUUCAAUAAACUCUGAGAUGCGUUUGACUACAGCUGAAUCCCUCGUACCAUAAAACAAUACGCGACUAUAAACGUCUGAUUGCCAUAGUUAAGAUUUUUCAUGAAUAAUGAUAUAAUGAAUGAUCAAUAAACCACAAAAUGUAUUUUAUGAAAUCAAAUUGAAUAGCUUAUAUUAUAAUGCAAAUAGUCAAUAUUUUAAAUACUGUCUAUUAAAAUGUGUCCAUGCUGUAAAGCAAAAUGAUCAAACUAUGAUUCCUACAUAGUUAUAUACAAUUUAAUUAUAAUGUAUAACCUAAUAUUAGAAAGUCUGACCGCUGAAUGUUGAUAAAAAUUCAAUUAACUCUGAGCUGCGUUUGAAAACAGCUGAGUCCCUCGUACCAGAAAACAAUACGCGACGAUAAACGACUGAUUGCGAUAGUUUAGAUAUAUCAUAUUAUUUUGUCAAUGCUCAGCGGAUAGAUUAUGGGCCCUUAUAUUGGCUUAUGUAUGUGUUAGAGAUCUGAUGGUGGGACGGAAAAAUAUUGUGAAUUAAUAUUGCCUGUCCGUGUUAUAAAUUACAAUAUUUUUAGAGAAUUAUUUAUUGUAUUGUAAGUUUACAAACUUUUGCAUAAUAUCGACUAUAACUGUAUACCCGUAUUUACGAAUAGAUGUUUUGUACAAUAA